AUGGCCGAGGCGCGCCCCACCAUGCGCGUCCUCAAUAAGAAGACCGAGGCCACCGCCAGCUCGGUGGCCGUCGCCAAGGACGGCGCCUCCGCCACCUCUGGCUCCUAUGCGGAUGCAAAGAACGGUGGAGACGCCGACGCCAACUCGAUCGCCUACGCCGCCGGCCCCGACGCCGAGGCCGUCUCCUACGCUGACGCAAGCGCCGAGGACUGGGCCAAGGCCGACGCCGACUCCAAGGCCGUGGCCAAGGGCGAGGACGCCUACGCCCACUCCUACGCCGACGCCGAAGCGGCCGGUGAGGUCGAGGCCGACGCUGAUUCCAAGGCUGUGGCCAUCGGCGCCGCCGAUGCCACCUCCGCGGCCUACGCUUACGGCGAUGCCACCGCCAAGUCGGUUGCCUACGCUGAGGCCACGAAGCCCGAGCCCAAGAAGCACUACUAUCCCUACCCAUACUACCACUACUACCCCAAGGAGGAGGCCGACCCCAAGGACGAUGACCCAUACUACUACUACUAUCACGGCUACCAUGGCUACAAGGCCGUCGACCCCACCGUGAAGUACCCGUACUAUGGCCACUACGUGGUCGUGGAGCCGGAGGAGGAAGAGGAGGUCGAGUACACCCCCGUGAAGUAUGUGGACCCCGCCAUCCUCGCCUACUACGCCCAGCAUGUCUAUGACUACGGCUGCUACGAGGGCAAAUACUACAGGUGCACGUACGACGACUCCUGCGGCGAGUGCCCCUACGGCUACUUCUGCGGCGAGAAGACCGUGGAGGCCUGCGAAGAAGUCGAGGUCUGGGUGAAGAAGUGCGACCCCGCCUCUCCCGUCAAGAAGUGCGUACCCGACCUCACCGCCUGCGGCAGUGUGUUCUGCAAGUUCAACGAGAAGUGCGCCGCGGACUACUACUGGUGCGGCGCCAAGUGGUGCAAGCCCAAGUACACCUGCGUCACCGUGGAGGCCCCCAAGAAGUGUGUCUGGGAACUCGUGGACGGCAAGAAGGUGCAGAAGUGCGCGGAGUACGCCCCCGAGGCCUGCGGUGACGAGAUGUGCCCCGUCGGCUACAAGUGCUCCGCGGACCCGUGCACGUUCGAGAAGAAGCCCGUCAAGAAGUGCGGGAAGAAGGCAGUGCCAGUGUGCGUCGCCUACGACAUCCCCAUCUACAAGACCCUCUUCUCCAAGUGCGGCCCCGGCUACUGCCACCCGGGCUACAAGUGCGAGUCCUUCGACCACGACAGCUGCGUCGUCAAGGUUGCGGUGCACCCCGUGUACGUCGGCUACAAGCCCCACGACCCCGUGUACGUCGACCCCGAGGAUGAGGAUGAGCACGCGUACCUGCCGUACUACCCGCACUACCCCCACGACGACAAGGUCGACGACAAGGGCGACUCCAGCGCCAGCGUGACCGCCAAGGCCGUGGCCGUGUCCACCCCUGACGGCGUCGCCUCCUACACCAACGUGGAUGCCGACGCCACCGGCGACGGUGUGGCCAAGGGCAGCGCCGACGCCAGCGCUUCCAACAGCGACAGCUCCGCGGACUCGUGGUCCGGUGCGAUCGCCAGCGCCCCGAAGACCGCCGCCGCCGUGAAGACCUCGUCCGACGGGGACUACGCCGUCGCUGCCGGAGAUGCCACCGCCGACUACGCUGCCUCCGACAAGUAA